AUGUGUUAUACUCAAAACUUUGAGCAGCGAUGGCAAUCCACUUUAACAUCGUACACACUUUGCGACUUAACAAAACACACCGACAAACUCAUUGCCGACUCAUCUAUUGCUGGGGAGCUGGCCAACACAAUGCCGAAGAGAUAUCUUACGGGACUAUGGGAUGUUAAUAUACAAUAUCAAAUGACUUGGAUAACUGUAAAGGGGCGUACCACCCUACCAAGAAAUCGAGUCGGGGAUGCUGAUUUUGUCAAAGCUGGAUGGUCGAGAGUGCGUGGAAGUUUAAAUCGCGUCAAGGCGACUAAGACAACGGCACCGAGUUGGAAUCCUUGGGAGAAGAGCACGAGUCUUACGGAUGAAGUGACGGGGCUAGAUUUGAUUAAAUCGAGGAAGGGCAUUGAACAGUUGGUAUGGGUACCAAUGUUAGUCUCAUUCGAUAACAGUGUGUCAUGUCAAUGUCUCUACUUGACAGAGGUAAAAGCUCCAGAUCAAUCCGGAGAUGAUGGCAAGUUUGUAAAACCGGGCGAGAAGAUAUAUAGGAGAGUUGGAAGUGGAACUUUCGGUCGGAUCACAAAUAUGUUACGGCAAGACAAGUUACUUUUGGAAUUAGGCACCUAUCCUAAAAUUCCAGUAGAAGCUGAGCAACUUGACGCGCAGGUAAUGGCAAAUGGGUUCCAAAGAAAUGAGAAUGGCUUUCAGGAGUUUGUUUUCAUUUGA